AUGGCUUCAGAUCCUGUGAGAUACGAGAUUCCAAAGACCUUCAAAGCUGCAGUAUAUGACAACCCGGGUCACAUCAGCACCAAAGUUGAAGAGCUCCCAGUCCCAGAGCCAGGACCUGGCCAAGUGCUUGUCCGUCUGACUCAUUCCGGUGUCUGCCGCAGCGACCUAAGCGUUAUGACCUGCGGUUGGGUAGCCCUCCCCUUUCCUGUUCCCAAAGGCCAAAUCGGUGGACACGAAGGCGUAGGCAUCGUGCAAAAGCUCGGACCGGGCUCCGAUGUAGGCACCGUAAAGCUCGGUGAUCGAGUGGGCAUCAAAUGGGCAGCUGCAAUGUGUGGCACCUGCAUGCCCUGCCGCAACGGCUUUGAUGGCCAUUGCACGCAGUUCAAAGUCUCCGGGUAUUUCACUCCGGGAACUUUUGCUCAGUUUGCUCUUGCUCCAGCGAAUUAUGUAACCCCGAUUCCGGAGAGUCUGGGGAGUGCUGAUGCAGCGCCCAUGCUGUGUGCGGGGUUGACGAGUUAUUCUGCGUUGAGGAAGUGUGGUGCAAAGUCGGGAGAUUGGGUUGUUGUUUCUGGUGCUGGAGGGGGUUUGGGACAUCUUGCGGUGCAGAUUGCGACGAGGGGGGUGGGGUAUAGGGUUAUUGGGCUUGAUGCAGGGUCUAAGGAAGCUCUUGUCAAGGAUUGUGGGGCGGAGCAUUUCCUUGAUAUUACGAAAUACACGUCCGAAGCUCUCGCGGAAGAGAUCAAGAAGUUGACAGAUGGGUUAGGAGCUACUUCUGUCAUUGUUUGUGCGGGAGUAAAUGCAGCGUAUGCUCAAGCAUUAGGGAUGUUAUCCUUUGGGGGAACGGUGGUCUGCGUUGGGAUUCCAGAUGGGCAGAGGAAGGAGAUUGGGAAUGCGUUUCCGCAACAUCUUAUUGGGAGCCAGAAGAAGAUUGUGGGGAGCAGUAUUGGGAACCAGAGGGAGGCGAUUGAGGUUUUGGAGUUGGCUGCUAGGGGAGUUGUGAAGACGCAUUAUAAGAUUGAUAAGCUGGAGAACUUGACGGAGGUUUUCAAGGAUAUGGAGGAUAACAAGAUGGAGGGCAGAGUGGUUCUAGAUCUGAGAUGA